GUUUCAUGAAUUUGGAGGUUAUGUGAUAAAUGUGCCAUCAACAUGAAUGCAGAAAUAAAUAAAUUUAAUAAUAUUAUUAAUAAAAAUUGCAAUGUUAAUUUUCUUUCUAAUGAAAAGGUAACGCUUGCUAAUAAGGAUUUAGCUGUAUACGAUAGACAUAAAAGACUUAUAAAUUCUUAUUAUCGUAUUCGUUCUUUAAAAAACAUUCCAAGAGACACGUCACGGGAUAAAACUGACUUUGACGUUAUUCGCGAUAAUCACAAAUUUUUGUGGGAUGAUGAUGAAGAAGACGAACCUGAAACGUGGGAAGCACGUCUUGCUAAAAAAUAUUAUGACAAAUUAUUUAAGGAAUAUUGCAUUUCCGACUUGACUUAUUAUAAAUUCAAUAAGAUAGCACUUCGAUGGCGAACAGAGAAAGAAGUAAUUGAAGGCAAAGGUCAAUUUGAAUGUGGAAAUAAAAAAUGUAAUAUUAAAAAUGAACUUCGAUCAUGGGAAGUUAAUUUUGGUUAUGAGGAGCAUGGCGAGAAAAAGAAUGCUUUAAUUAAAUUAAGAUUGUGUCCUGAAUGUUCAAUUCAAUUAAAUUAUCGAUCAAAAAAACGUGAAGUUAAAAGAGAAAAAAAAUCACUCAAACGAUUGCAACAUUGUUCAACAUCACGUGAUAAUUCUGGUCCAUCACGUAAAAUUGAAAUUGAAAUUAAAGAAACAAAUAGUGAAGAAAAUACACCGUCUAAAGAAUCUGUAUCAACAAAAGAAACCCCAACGGCUGAUGAAAGUCAAUCAGAAUCGGAAAUUUGGAAAAAUAUACCAUUGGAAGAAGAAAAAACAAGAGAAGAUGAAUUUGAGGAAUAUUUGGCUGAUUUAUUGCUUUGAUUUGUUAUCAAGAAAAAAAAAAAAAGAAAUACACUUUUUGAUUUACGCAUGUGUUAAAAAUAAUAUUAUUAACUUACAUUCAAUAGAAUACAAUAAUUGAUUUAUUUAAAAUAAAAUCUUACAAGUUUAUCGCAUUUUACAUUGUGCAUUUAAUAUAAUGCUGUACAAUUUUUUUUUUCAAUUUUCCAAAAAAUUUCUUUUUUAUUGACUUUAGAAUAAAAAUCUAAUCAAAAAAAAAAAA